GUGAUGUAGAUUUUUGGUGGCAGUCAGAAGUGUCACCUUCUUCAUGACUUCAUAUCAACCACCAUCACCAUGUAACCAGAACCAUUUCCUUCCAUCAUGGGACUGGGUGGUGCUACUCAUUCUUCCUCUUCUUCAUCUUAUUGCUCCCGUUUUUGGUCGUCGGCGCUCCGCUCCAAGCUCCUCGUCUCGCCGGCGGAGAAGGCUGCUCGUGACAGCUCCGGCAGGGGACUCUCCCGCCGGCUUGGUGUCCUCGACCUCCUGCUCCUUGGAAUCGGCGCUUCCAUUGGUGCCGGCAUCUUCGUCCUCACCGGAACCGUUGCCCGCGACACCGGACCCGGAGUAACAAUAAGUUUUGUACUUGCGGGAACAUCCUGUGUUAUAAAUGCACUCUGUUUUGCUGAGCUAGCUUCUCGAUUUCCUGCUGUUGCUGGAGGGGCAUAUCUAUAUGCAUAUACUGCUUUUAAUGAACUUACAGCUUUUCUUGUUUUUGCACAAUUAAUACUCGACUAUCAUAUUGGAGCAGCUACUGCAGCAAGAAGCUGUGCAAAUUAUUUGGUAACAAUUCUAGAGCUCUUCCCCGUUCUCAAAGAUAACAUUCCAAAAUGGAUUGGACAUGGUCAAAACAUUGGAAACGUGCUAUCCAUCAAUGUCUUAGCUCCAAUUCUUGUACUGCUUCUCACUUUUAUUCUCUGUCGGGGUGUUCAAGAAUCAUCAGUUGUGAAUUCGUUUAUGACAGUGACCAAGGUGGUCAUCGUUAUUAUUGUCAUUUUUGCUGGAGCUUUUGAGGUUGAUGUUUCGAACUGGUCUCCCUUUGCUCCAAAUGGUAUGAAAAGCAUAUUUACAGGAGCUACUGUAGUCUUCUUUGCAUAUGUUGGAUAUGAUGCAGUUGCCAAUGCUGCUGAAGAAUCUAAGAGACCACAGCGCGAUUUGCCGAUAGGCAUAAUCGGAAGCCUCUUGGUAUGUCUUGCGUUGUACAUUGGUGUAUGCUUAGUGAUUACAGGAAUGGUUCCAUACAAUCUCCUAGGAGAAGAUGCUCCAUUGGCUGAAGCUUUUGAAUCUACAGGGUUAAAAUUUGUUUCGGUUCUGAUUAGCAUUUGUGCUAUUGCUGGACUUACGACAACACUCCUUGUUGGUCUCUAUGUUCAGUCUCGGCUAUAUCUUGGGCUUGGCAGGGAUGGUUUACUACCCGCAAUAUUUGCUAAAGUUCACUCCAAACGCCACACUCCCAUUCAUUCUCAGAUUUGGGUUGGCUGUGUUGUCAGUGUUUUGGCUGGACUGUUGAAUAUGCACAUGCUCUCACACAUUCUUUCUGUUGGUACACUUACUGGCUAUUCAGUUGUUUCGGCAUGUGUUGUUGUACUUCGCUGGAAGGAUAAGACAACUGGUCAAGUAUCAUCUUCAGCAAAGAGGGAAGGUGUAAUUUGCCUUAUUGCUGUUGCUGUUUCUGGAUUUAUUGGGGGGCUCUUUUUCCGCUAUGAUGCUUCACCUAUUUUGUUGAUUCUGGCUAUACUUAUUGGAGCUGGUGCUUCUGCUGCUCUUCAUUUCCGCCAGGUUUAUGCAGCAGAUUCACCAGGGUUUUCUUGCCCUGGGGUUCCCCUUGUGCCAAAUGUUUGCAUCUUUUUCAACAUGUUCUUAUUUGCCCAGUUACAUCAUGAAGCAUGGCUGAGAUUUGUGAUUAUUAGUGUUGUUAUGGUUGGUUUUUAUGCAAUAUAUGGGCAGUAUCAUGCUGACCCCAGUGCAGAGGAGAAUGCUGUUUAUCAUGAGGCACCAGAGGAAGAAACUUGAUGAGUUAUCAGGUCAAUAUUAAACAAUGUGGUUUUCAUUGGCCAAUGGGGAGAAGGGGGUGUUGGUUAAAAUGUAUGUAGCAAAUAAGCUAUUUGUUCUUUCUGUUAGGAGUGUGAAUGUCCAUCAGGUAUAGUCAGAUUGUAUAUGGCACUGCCAGCAAGCAUAAUACAUUAAUACCCAUUAGGGAUUUAUAUUGCUAAAUUGCAUAUGAUAAAGAAAAAAGAAAAAAGAAACUAAGGCAACCAUGUGGUGCACAACACAA